CUAGCAAAAAACAACAGCGGUAAAUCCUUGUUUCAAACUUCUGCUAGUGCAAGUCAUCAUCAUUGAGUUAAUAUUUUAAACAUUCAAUAUUUUACGGAAAUAAUGGCUGAGGUGGAAUUAUUCGUGGCUGAAAAGGACGAAUCUGAUGUCCGGCCAAUGAAGGAUACUCCACUGGAUGAACUUGAUAUGGAGGAUUUAUAUACGAAAUACAAGAAGUUACAAAAAAUGUUAGAGUUUUUGGAGGUUCAAGAGGAGUAUAUCAAAGACGAACAACGGAACCUCAAAAAGGAAUACCUUCACGCGCAAGAAGAAGUUAAACGUAUCCAAUCCGUUCCUUUGGUCAUUGGUCAAUUUCUGGAAGCUGUAGAUCAAAACAACGGAAUUGUGGGUUCUACAACGGGAUCAAACUACUUUGUUCGAAUCUUGUCUACAAUUGAUCGAGAAUUGCUGAAACCCUCCGCUAGUGUAGCAUUGCAUAAGCACAGCAAUGCUCUGGUAGAUGUACUACCACCGGAGGCGGAUAGCUCGAUCUCAAUGCUCCAAGCCGAUGAAAAACCGGAAGUUCAAUAUUCGGAUAUAGGAGGUAUGGAUAUGCAGAAACAGGAAAUUCGUGAAGCCGUCGAAUUACCGCUCACUCACUUUGAAUUAUACAAACAAAUUGGUAUCGACCCUCCCAGAGGUGUUCUGAUGUAUGGACCGCCAGGAUGCGGCAAAACUAUGCUGGCCAAGGCCGUGGCUCAUCAUACAACAGCCGCUUUUAUAAGAGUUGUUGGGUCCGAGUUUGUUCAGAAAUAUCUAGGGGAAGGGCCUCGCAUGGUACGUGAUGUAUUCCGCCUGGCAAAGGAGAAUUCACCGGCUAUCAUUUUUAUUGAUGAAAUUGACGCAAUUGCCACCAAGCGAUUUGAUGCCCAAACUGGUGCUGACAGAGAAGUACAACGUAUUUUGCUUGAGCUACUGAACCAAAUGGAUGGAUUUGAUCAAACAACAAACGUUAAGGUCAUAAUGGCAACCAAUCGUGCCGAUACGCUGGACCCUGCUCUUUUGCGUCCAGGACGUUUGGAUAGGAAGAUUGAAUUUCCCCUACCUGAUCGCCGUCAAAAGCGUUUGAUUUUUUCUACAAUCACAGCAAAGAUGAAUUUGUCUGAAGAUGUCGAUCUAGAAGACUACGUUGCCCGUCCGGACAAGAUAUCAGGGGCUGACAUCAAUGCUAUUUGUCAAGAAGCCGGCAUGCAUGCCGUUCGUGAAAACAGGUACAUAGUGUUGGCUAAAGAUUUCGAAAAGGGUUAUAAGAACAACAUCAAGAAAGAUGAAACUGAACAUGAGUUCUAUAAGUAAGAAUUUGUAAUCACUGAGUAUCUGAAUAAACAGAAUAACACCCAUUUUGUAUUUA